AUGUCGAAUCCAACACUGGUACUGAAAAGAGUGGUGGAAGGGAGUGGCAUGGCAGUCCAAACGAUGAGGACUGUGUUAAAGUGUCCUAAACGAUGGAGGAUGUUGGGAUCCAGCUGUUACUUCCUGUCUACUGAGAGGAAAACCUGGGAGGAGAGCAAACUGGAUUGUCUGGCAAGAGGAGCAGACCUGGUGAUCAUAAACAGCAGACAGGAACAGAAGUUGUUGUACCAGCUGGAUGGUGAUGCAGAUCUCCUGGUCUGGAUUGGUCUGACUGACUCCGUUAAUGAGGGGACCUGGAAAUGGGUGGACGGCACACCACUGACCACAUCGUACUGGAAGCGUGGUAAGCCGGACCAUGGUGGUACCAACAACAAGGAUUGUGUCGAGGUCUACCAUCGGGACAACGUUUUGGCCAACUGGAACGAUGCACCAUGCAACCACGUGCUGCAUUGGAUCUGUGAGAAAUUACAGAAAUAGCUACAUAUAGGUCAAAUUCACAUCUCGUUUAAAUAUGUUUAUUUUAUUGUUGCACAUUAACAUUUUACCUAAGAUUGUGUAAUUAACUGAGCACAUGCAUUAUUAUGGUACAUGGUAUUAUCUUUCAUUUCAUUUUCAUUUUUGGCAAUAUAUUAUUGUCAGCCUUUUGGAUCAGUCACAAUACUGUAUUGUUUUCAGCAUUGUCCUUUUCCCUCUAAACAGUUUAUCCAUAUUACUUCUAUGAAAUGGUAUUGUACCAUCUACUCCGCUGUGAGAUAUAUUUUCAUCUGUUUCAAUCUGGUGUCCAAAACUGAAAGUAAAAGACCAUAAGACAGA